GUUACAUGGAGAAUCCUUGAAUAAUUUUAUAUCUACUCCAAUCGUUCACAGAAAUUUAAUAAUAAUCCUAUUCUUUGGCCCAUGUAUAAGCUACCAAGUUGGGCAAAUUAUGUUUAACUUUCUAGGUGAACUUUUUACAGUUGAUGGCUUGCGUCUGAUACGGGGACCUCAGAUAUCAAAUUCUUCGGCGUACAAUGUUAUAGCAAUUCACGGGAUUGGAGAUAUUGAAGCCCAAGGCUUGAGCUGGACUUGCGAGCGGGACAAAGAUCAGGCAUCAUGGCUGACGUCGUUCCUCCCAGACCACAUACAUUGCUAUAGUGUGAUGGCGUUUAAUUACCACUGUGAACGCUUUGAUGAGGGUAUUUCGAUUGCCGACCUUAGAAAGUUGGCAAAUAUGCUGCUUGAUCAGUUAUUGAGCCUGUUGCCCAAGGAAAAUGCUGGACCUAUCGUAUUCAUUGCUCAAGAUAUCGGUGGCUUAAUAGUGAAGGAGGUUCUUUCCAUUGCGAUGAGAUGUAGCAAGUAUCAUCUCGUUGCUGGGAAUACUUCACUUCUAGUAUUCUUCAAUACGCCGCAUCGAGUCUCAAAUUCGAGGUCUUGGGAAAGUAUAGCUAAUUGGCUUUUAAUCAUAUCCGGAAGAGACAGAUCUUACAACACUUCAUGGAUCAUAAAAACUUCAGACACGCUGAAGAGAAUAAAUGAAGCCUUCGAUACAUAUAAAUAUGUGUAUCUGGCCAUCAACAUAUAUUAUCAACAGGCGAGCACCUGUUCGGAACCAGUAACCGAUCCCCCAAUGUGGCAGGCCCUAGAUCCAUACUCAUCCACCAUGAAUACCCCCAAGGAACUAAGAAUUGGCCGCGAUGCGCCCCAUAGUGAACUUCCCAAGUUCUCCAAGGACGAUGAUGAAACCUUUAAGUUGAUUUAUGAGAGGUUACGCCAAUCCAAAGGCCCAGGUAUUACGUUCGUAAGCUAUGGCUACAGCGCCCUGGUGGCACUUUACAUAUCCAUGGAUAUCCCGGAAUUGUCACCCCUGAUUUGUUCUUAGAACGUGAAGCGUUAAAGAAUGCUAGCAUUGUGUCUUUCAGAUGCACGUUAGAAGAUGACCGGUUAGACUCGACUCGACUGCUGGCUUCACUUUGCCACCAGAUUCUAUGCCAACGGCCUCAUCUCUUCAAGCA